GCGGCCCGGCCCGGCCCCGGCGCGGGCGCUGCAUGCGGGCGGCUAGCCCCGCUCCGCUCCGCUCCGCGCUCCCCGGGGCCCCCGGGCCGCCGAGGCCGCGCCGCGCCCGGGACAUGCGGCCGCCCCCGCCGGCGAGGAGGCGAUGAGGCUCCGCAGCGGCACGGCGCUCACGCUGCUGCUCGGCUGCCUGUGCGCCCUGCUCUCGCUCUCCUGGUACGGCGCCUUCGGCGGGCACAAAGGUGACAUUGUGGACAUCUACCAGCGGGAGUUCCUCGCCCUCCGUGACCGACUUCACGCAGCCGAGCAGGAGAGCCUGAAGCGCUCGAAGGAGCUCAACCUGGUGCUGGAGGAGAUCAAGAGGGCAAUCUCGGAGAAACAGGCCCUGAGGGAUAUAAACCGGACCUGGAGCAGCUUAUCUGACGAAACCAAGUUAAAACUGUGGAAUAUCACCAACAAGAAUGUGCUGCACCUUCCCACCAUCUUCCAUCAUUUGCCACAUUUGCUGUCAAAGGAGAACAGUCUGCAGCCAGCCGUGCAUGUGGGACAGGGGCGCACUGGAGUGUCCAUCGUGAUGGGAAUCCCCAGCGUGAAGCGGGAGGUGCACUCCUACCUCACCGACACCCUCAACUCCCUCAUCUCAGAGCUCACGCAGCAGGAGAAGGAGGACUCUGUCAUCGUCGUCCUCAUUGCUGAGACGGAUCCACAGUACACAGCUGGAGUGGCAGAAAAUAUCAAAAACUUAUUCCCAAAGGAAAUACACUCAGGACUCCUGGAGGUAAUUUCCCCAUCUCCACAUUUCUAUCCUGAUUUCUCCCACCUGCGGGAAUCCUUUGGGGACCCCAAGGAGAGAGUCAGGUGGAGGACAAAGCAGAACCUUGACUACUGCUUUUUAAUGAUGUAUGCCCAGUCCAAGGGCAUAUAUUAUGUGCAGCUGGAGGAUGAUAUCGUGGCCAAACCAAACUAUCUCAGCACGAUGAAGAACUUUGCCUUGCAGCAGCCCUCCGAGGAGUGGAUGAUCCUGGAGUUUUCUCAGCUGGGGUUUAUUGGAAAAAUGUUCAAGUCUCUCGAUCUGAGCUUGAUUGUGGAGUUCAUCCUGAUGUUCUACAAGGACAAACCCAUUGACUGGCUGCUGGAUCACAUCCUUUGGGUGAAAGUCUGCAACCCUGAGAAGGAUGCAAAACACUGCGACAGGCAGAAGGCAAACCUGAGGAUCCGCUUCAAGCCCUCACUCUUCCAGCACGUGGGAACCCACUCCUCCUUGGCUGGGAAGAUACAGAAGCUGAAGGACAAGGAUUUUGGCAAGCAGGCCCUGCGGAAAGAGCACGUCAACCCUCCUGCAGAGGUGAGCACCAGCCUGAAAACCUACCAGCACUUCACCUUGGAGAAGGCUUACCUGCGGGAGGACUUCUUCUGGGCCUUCACUCCCACUGCUGGAGACUUCAUCAGAUUCAGAUUCUUCAAACCACUCCGCAUCGAAAGGUUCUUCUUCCGCAGCGGAAACAUCGAGCACCCAGAAGACAAACUCUUCAACACCACUGUGGAGGUUCUGCCUUUUGACAGCCUGCAGUCAGAUAAGGAAGCCUUGCAGGAGGGAAGAGGCACAGUCGUCAAAUACCGCAGGACGCCAGAUGGCUACAUCCAGAUAGGUUCCUUCUCCAAGGGCGUUGCAGAAGGUGAGGUGGACCCAAGCUUUGGGCCCCUGGAGGCCAUCAGGCUGUCCAUCCAGACCGACUCCCCGGUGUGGAUCAUCCUGAGCGAGAUUUUUAUCAAGAAAGCGGAGUGAAGCAGGCCUGAGGAAGGGUGGACAGCUGCCUGGAUGCCCAGUCCUGCUCCCUCCCCUCCUGCUCCCUCCUCCCCGCGGCGCCUUGCCCGGGCGCAAGGCCAGCUGCCAGGACAGGCCUUGGCAAACCGGCUGCCAGGCCAGCACCGACGUCCCCACCGCUGCUGCCGGGGUCAGGACAUCGUCUUCUCCAGAAGAAGAGCGAGAAGCAAACCCAAUACCCCGUGCAGAGGGCUGGCUGUGCUCCCCUUGGCUCCUCACGGGCGCGUGGCUGCCGCGCUGCUGCUGCUCCAGCCGCUCUGGGGUCGGGAUGAGCUUUAGCAAGAGUGGGGACAAAAAGCACCUUCAGCCCAGGACAGGGCAAGCUCUGGCUGUGUUUGGGGACAGAGCGAGGGCCUUUGGUUACAUUGAGUCCUGCCAGCUGACCCCGCAGGAACGCUGGGAUGGAGACGGCCAGGGACCAAGGUCUGCCUUGCCUUUGCCCAGGCAGUAAGUCCUGGCCACAGCUGAGGAUUAAGUGAGGGUGAAGUCUGACCCUCCUUCAGCAGAGGAGGAAGGAAUCCCAAGGGGUUGGAGCCACAAGUAUGGCAGGGAAAACAAACAAAACAAUAAACUACACCACACUGUGCCUGCCAGCAUUGAACACAGCCCCUUAACUCACAGUGAAGUCUCCAGUGUCUUCAAGCCUUGAGAUUGAGUGAAGAAAACAUCUUUUUAAAUAACUAUUUCAGUUAUUGGUUGGUGUGAAUUUUUUGGGGGGAGAAGAAAAAAGGCAGAAGUAGCCCAGUUCAGAACUAGUAGGGAUUAGUGUAAAUCCCAAUGUCUCUUCAGCUAUACACUGGAAUGCAUAAUACUACUUUAAUGUGCUGUAUUUUUUAUUAUGGGAUACAUUUGAUUUUUUCAAGUACAUCUCUCUAUAUAAAUAUAUAAAAUACUGUGCACUGUAAUAAAAACUAA